AGAUUACCGUAUUUUUCGCACCAUAAGACGUACCUAGAUUUUAGAGGAGGAAAACAAGAAAAAAAAAUUCUGAACCAAUGGACUGCAGACAUAGUACAGGAGAUGACCAGAGGCUGCGGACAUAGUAUAGGAGAUGGCGAGACUGCUGACAUAGUACAGGAGAUGACCAGAGACUGCAGACACAGUACAGGAGAUGACCAGAGACUGCAGACAUAGUACAGGAGAUGACCAGAGACUGCAGACAUAGUACAGGAGAUGACCAGAGGCUGCGGACAUAGUACAGGAGAUGACCAGAGACUGCAGACA